AUGAUGAAUUUAUCUUGGCUCCAGAUAUCUGUCAGUGUCCUCCUAUUAGGUUUUUCCUCUUUCUUCAGUUCUUGGACCAGUGAAGAUUUCAUCCCAGAGGCUGCAGACUGGGCUGAGUCUUACGGAGGGAAGCGAGGCAAAGGCGGGUGUGUCACAUCUGUGGAUGAAGCAGCGUGGCCACGCUAUGGCCAGCGCAGGGCAGCGGGCGCGGGGUGCACCCGCGGGGCGGGCUCCCUGCGGGUCGGGCGGGCUCCCUGCGGGUCGGGCGGGCUCCCUGCGGGCCGGGCGGGCUCCCUGCGGGCCGGGCGGGCAGCUCCCGCUGCGCUCCCUGCGCUCUUUGCGCUUCGCCCUCUGUGCUCCUUGCGCUGCGCUCGCUGCACUGCACUCCCUUCUCUUCCUGCGCUGCGCUCCAGGCGCGGCCCCGCGGGGCUGGCAGCGCGCUCCGAGCCUCGCGUGAGCGGCACGUGCGGGACACGUCGAGGCCGAGCCACGCGGGCCGCGCCGCCCCCUGGCGGCCUCAACAGGGCCGCUCCCGCCGCUGGCCCGGGCCGGGCCCGAGCGCUUCGCACCGGAGCUGGGCCUCCCGCACCUCCCGGGCCGGAGCUGGGCCUCUCGCACCGCCCGGGCCGGAGCUGGGCGUCCCGCACCUCCCGGGCCGGAGCUGGGCCUUCCGCACCGCCCGGGCCGGAGCUGGGCCUCCCGCACCUCCCGGGCCGGAGCUGGGCCUAG